AUGUUCAGCUGGCUGGGUUCCGACGACCGGCGGAGGAAGGACCCCGAGGUCUUCCAGACGGUGAGCGAAGGGCUCAAGAAACUCUACAAGACCAAGCUGCUGCCCCUGGAAGAGCAUUACCGCUUCCACGAGUUUCACUCGCCCGCCCUGGAGGAUGCUGAUUUCGACAACAAGCCCAUGGUCCUGCUGGUGGGCCAGUACUCCACUGGGAAGACCACCUUCAUCAGCUAUUUCUCCUCCCAUUGGAAAAUGGAGACAAGAAUAAAUUUGAGGAAGAAGAAGAAAAAAUCAUCCAUAAAACCACAAUUCGGGGGAGACCAUUUUAAAUAUAUGUACCUCCUGGAACAGGAUUUCCCAGGCAUGCGAAUUGGGCCUGAGCCGACCACUGACUCCUUCAUUGCCGUGAUGCACGGACAGGUGGAGGGGAUCAUCCCUGGGAACGCCCUGGUGGUGGAUCCCAAGAAACCUUUCAGGAAGCUGAACGCCUUUGGCAAUGCCUUCUUGAACAGGUUUGUGUGUGCUCAGCUGCCCAACGCAGUGCUGGAGAGCAUCAGCGUCAUCGACACCCCAGGGAUCCUGUCUGGGGAGAAGCAGAGGAUCAGCCGAGGGUAUGACUUCGCGGCGGUCCUGGAGUGGUUCGCCGAGCGGGUGGACCGCAUCAUCCUGCUCUUCGACGCCCAUAAGCUGGACAUCUCCGACGAGUUCUCGGAGGUCAUCAAGGCCCUCAAGAACCAUGAGGACAAGAUGCGGGUGGUGCUGAACAAGGCGGACCAGAUCGAGACGCAGCAGCUGAUGCGGGUGUACGGGGCCCUCAUGUGGUCCCUGGGGAAGAUUGUGAACACCCCGGAGGUGAUCCGGGUCUACAUCGGCUCCUUCUGGUCCCACCCCCUUCUCAUCCCUGACAACCGGAAGCUCUUUGAAGCGGAGGAGCAGGACCUGUUCAGAGAUAUUCAGAGUCUGCCCCGAAAUGCUGCCCUGCGCAAGCUCAAUGACCUCAUCAAGAGAGCCAGGCUGGCCAAGGUUCAUGCCUACAUCAUCAGCUCCCUGAAGAAGGAGAUGCCGUCGGUGUUCGGAAAGGAUAAUAAGAAGAAGGAGCUGGUGAACAACUUGGCUGAGAUUUACGGCCGGAUCGAGCGGGAGCACCAGAUCUCACCUGGGGACUUUCCCAACCUGAAAAGGAUGCAGGACCAGCUGCAGGCCCAGGACUUUAGCAAAUUCCAGCCACUGAAGAGCAAGCUGCUGGAGGUGGUGGAUGACAUGCUGGCCCACGACAUCGCCCAGCUCAUGGUGCUGGUGCGGCAGGAGGAGACCCAGAGACCCGUGCAGAUGGUGAAGGGCGGAGCAUUCGAGGGCACGCUGCACGGCCCCUUCGGGCAUGGCUAUGGGGAGGGGGCUGGGGAGGGCAUUGAUGAUGCCGAGUGGGUGGUAGCCAGGGACAAGCCCAUGUACGAUGAGAUCUUCUACACCCUGUCACCGGUGGACGGCAAGAUUACAGGUGCCAAUGCCAAGAAGGAGAUGGUGCGUUCCAAACUGCCCAACAGCGUGCUGGGCAAGAUCUGGAAGCUGGCUGACAUUGACAAAGACGGCAUGCUGGAUGACGAGGAGUUUGCACUGGCCAACCACCUGAUCAAGGUCAAGCUGGAGGGGCACGAGCUGCCCAAUGAGCUGCCUGCCCACCUGCUGCCCCCAUCCAAGAGGAAAGUUGCUGAGUGAUGGACGGAGGAGGUUCAAAGCAGACAGGCAGUAGAGGAGAUGGGGAGAAUGAGAUGCGCGUGUACACACACACACACACACACACACACACACACACACACAUCUUGAGAAGUACACUGCAGAUGAGAGGGGACAGGGAACUCUAGGCUUCCAGACUGGUCUUUGGACACAUCUCCAAGUUCUCAGGAUUGUAGAGCACAAGAAUGCUCCCAGGGCCCCAAGUUCAAACCUGGGUCUCCGUACUUCUUUCUGUCCCAUCUCCCACCACCCACAGAGGGAUUUCACCUCCCCACAGGUGGCCCAUCCACCUCCACAUUCCCAGGCCCAGAGCAGAUGGAAAAUGCUUCUCAUUCAAUAGGCACUGCACUGUUUUUAGUGCCGUCACCCUCUCUUUGGCUUCCCAGUGGGAAAAAAUGCUCCAAGUCUGAGAGAUGUGAGGUGAGGGGCCGCUGCCAGGAGCGGGGGUUGGGGGUGGGGAUGGUGUAGAAGGAAUCAUCCUCUGCCUGGUCCCAGAUUUGAAGAGAGAUGGCCCUGAGCUGUGUGCUGCCCUAAGCUCAGGCUGUGUCUGCCUGGGCAUACCUGCCCUUGAACCCUACCCCUACUGCAUUUCAAAGAAUCCCAGACCUGAAGAGAGAGGAAAAAAUUGGCAGGAAAGAAAGGAAAGAAAUUGCCCUAAAUCCUCAAGCCAAAGCCAGUCAAGGUGGCUUUAUUCCACAGAUUUUUGUGAGGUUUGUGUUUUUUCCAUCCAGCCCUGAUGUUUGGAUGCUCAGACCCGUCUCCCAUUUAUCAAGCCCGGCCUGUGUGCCAGGAGCUAUGUUUGGCUCUUUACGUACAUCAUCUCACUCAGCCCCCACCAACCCCUAAGGAAGUAGGCAUCAGUCCCCCCCCUCCCCUUUGCAAACUCAAAGGAGUUUAGGUGACCUUCCCAGAGUCACAGAGGUCAUGUGUGGUAGAGAGACGAUUCAGAUCCAGGACCUCAGACCCUCCCUUCUAUCGCGGCGACACGUGCAAGAAGGAUCCCAGCAUCGCUAGGGGGCGAUGAACCUUGGGGAACAGACCAUGCACGCAGGGCACCUCAGCCUCCCAGAGCGGGCGGCGAGGGAGGAGGGCCAGCCAGCCUGUGGUGGGCCAUCAGUCUGGCCAUCUGUCACAUCACAGAAGCAAACCAUGCCGUCUGGCUCUGCAGCCCAUGUUCCUAAAAUAACAGAAGUCCAAUAGCACCAGCGGGAGAGUAGGCUGGCCUGCUGGGUGCUGUUGGCACCUGUCCCCACUUGGCCGCCCACCCAGGGCGCUCAGAUGCAGCUACCGAUUGCCAUCAAGUGGGACCUCGUGCUGGCUAAGAGGGCUGACGUGAGAGGUCUGAGGUCCUGUUCCCUGCUGGAGCCCCCGCGACUCUGCAGCGUCCUUGGCACGUCGCCACCAUUCUCUGUGCCCUGUGCCCUCCUUCAUGGUUUCUUCCUUGGAUUGCUUUGUGGCCACUGAACUAGUCACUUUGUAUGCUCUACUCCUACUGUGAUGGAAAACAAAAACAAGCAUAACUUAUUUUAUAUCUAUGUUCAGACUAUAGAGACCAUAUUCUAUGUAUCUAUGAUGUGCUUACUACUGCAGUGCAUUUGUCAUUAGUCUUCCUGUUAAUAUAGCACAGUUAUCCUUUGGUA